UCACGGCCUUGUUGUGUCCUGUGGCCGCUGCAGCCAGGAAGUCCGCCCGCCCCAGCCCCCCUCCUCCGUGCGUGUCAUCCAUUGUUGGGAAAGAGACUGCGACAUCGAAACAGGACUUUACCGAAACUUCUGAGGGUUGUAACAGCCACAAUGUCAACCAUCAACACAGCAAACAUCAACUUCAAGUGGGAUCCAAAGAGCUUGGAAAUCCGCACUCUAGCAGUGGAGAGGCUGCUGGAGCCCUUAGUCACUCAGGUCACAACGUUGGUUAACUCCAGCAACAAAGGCCCAUCCAACAAGAAGAAGGGCCGCUCCAAAAAGGCCCACGUAUUGGCUGCUUCUGUGGAAACUGCAACCCAGAACUUUUUGGAGAAAGGAGAGAAGAUUGCAAAGGAGAGCCAGUUUCUCAAAGAUGAGCUAACUGCUGCUGUGGAAGAUGUCCGCAAGCAAGGAGAAUCUAUGAGGAUUGCCUCUGGCGAGUUUGCGGAGGACCCUUGCUCUUCUGUUAAGAGGGGGAACAUGGUACGAGCUGCCCGGGCCCUUCUUUCGGCUGUCACACACUUGCUGGUGCUGGCUGACAUGGCUGAUGUCUACAGGCUUCUUCUGCAACUCAAAUUGGUGGAGGAAAGUCUGGUUAAAGUGCGUAAUGCAGGAACUGAGCAGGACCUUGGGAUCCAAUACAAGGCUUUGAAGCCAGAGGUGGACAAGCUGAAUGCAAUGGCUGCCAAGAGACAGCAGGAGCUGAAGGACGUGCAGCACAAAGACCAAAUGGCAGCAGCUCGCGGGGUCCUGCAGAGGAACAUCCCCAUGCUGUACACUGCAUCCCGAGCCUGUCUCCAGCACCCUGAUGUGGCAGCAUACAAGGCCAACCGUGACCUCAUCUACAAGCAGCUGCAGCACGCUGUCUCAGGCAUCUCCAACGCCGCCCAGGCCACUGCCUCCGAAGACUCCGCCCUCAACCAGCCAGCGGUGGGUGGAGAACUGGCCAUCGCGAUCAACAACUUCGACAAACACAUCAUUGUGGACCCCCUGGCGUUUAGUGAGGAGCGCUUCCGUCCCUCUCUGGAGGAGCGCCUCGAGAGCAUCAUCAGCGGAGCGGCGCUGAUGGCCGACUCCUCAUGCACGCGCGAUGACCGCAGGGAGCGCAUCGUAGCUGAGUGUAACUCUGUGCGCCAAGCUCUGCAGGACCUGCUCACAGAGUACAUGGGCAAUGCUGGAAGAAAGGACAAAAGUGAUGCUCUCAACACUGCCAUUGACCGGAUGACCAAGAAGACCAGAGACCUUCGCCGACAGCUGCGCAAAGCCGUAAUGGACCAUGUUUCUGACUCCUUCCUGGAGACCAACGUUCCCCUUCUGGUCCUCAUCGAAGCUGCCAAGAAUGGAAAUGAGAAAGAAGUGAAGGAGUACGCGCACGUGUUCCGGGAGCACGCCAACAAGCUGAUCGAGGUGGCCAACCUGGCGUGCUCCAUUUCGAACAAUGAGGAAGGAGUGAAGCUGGUACGCAUGGCUGCAUCACAGCUGGAGACGCUGUGCCCUCAGGUGAUUAAUGCAGCGUUAGCCCUGGCUGCCAAGCCCAACAGUAAGGUGGCCCAGGACAAUAUGGAUUUGUUCAAGGACCAAUGGGAGAAGCAGGUCCGCGUCCUCACGGACGCUGUUGACGACAUCACUUCCAUCGAUGACUUCCUUUGUGUGUCAGAGAACCACAUUUUGGAGGAUGUGAACAAGUGUGUGAUUGCUCUGCAAGAGAAGGACGUGGACGGUUUGGAUCGCACAGCCGGGGCCAUCCGGGGCCGUGCUGCUCGGGUCGUUCACGUGGUCACCUCCGAAAUGGACAAUUACGAACCGGGAGUGUACACCGAGAAGGUGCUGGAGGCCACCAAACUGCUCACAGACACAGUCAUGCCACGCUUCACAGAACAAGUGGAGUCUGCGGUGGAGGCCUUGAGCGCAAACCCCACACAACCUGUGGAUGAGAACGAAUUUAUUGAUGCGUCCCGGCUGGUGUAUGAUGGCAUUCGUGACAUUCGCAAGGCUGUGCUCAUGAUCAGAACCCCAGAAGAACUGGAUGACUCCGACUUUGAGACGGAGGACUUUGAUGUGCGCAGCAGGACCAGUGUGCAGACAGAGGACGACCAGCUCAUUGCGGGCCAGAGUGCACGGGCCAUCAUGGCACAGCUGCCCCAGGAGCAGAAGGCAAAGAUCGCUGAACAAGUGGCCAGUUUCCAGGAGGAGAAGAGCAAACUGGACGCCGAGGUUUAAUGGGACGAUAGUGGCAACGACAUCAUCGUACUGGCCAAACAGAUGUGCAUGAUCAUGAUGGAGAUGACGGACUUCACCAGGGGGAAAGGCCCGCUGAAGAAUACCUCUGAUGUCAUCAGCGCUGCCAAGAAAAUCGCAGAGGCAGGAUCCAGGAUGGACAAGCUGGGCCGCACCAUUGCCGACCACUGCCCAGACUCCACUUGUAAACAGGACUUGUUGGCCUACCUACAGCGUAUUGCCUUGUACUGCCACCAGCUCAACAUCUGCAGCAAAGUCAAAGCCGAGGUCCAGAACUUGGGAGGAGAGCUGGUCGUGUCCGGAUUGGAUAGUGCCAUGUCACUGAUCCAGGCUGCCAAGAACUUGAUGAACGCUGUGGUGUCUACAGUGAAGGCCUCCUACGUGGCCUCCACCAAAUACCAGAAGAACAAAGGAAUGGAGGCCCUGAAUAUGCCCGCUGUCUCCUGGAGGAUGAAGGCACCGGAGAAGAAACCACUGGUGAAGAGAGAGAAGCAGGAUGACGGCCAAACCAACAGAGUCAAGAGAUCGUCCCACAAGAAGCAUGUCAACCCUGUGCAAGCCCUGAGCGAAUUCAAGGCCAUGGAUAGCAUCUAAGCAUUAUAUUGUAUUACGCUAUAGAGAACAUAUAUAUGACCAAUGAUUUUAUAUAGAGCUUCUACAAGUGUUUUCAAUACUGUAAAAUGUUUUUCAUUAUUGUAGACAGCUUGUCAGACCAAUUAAAAUCACUCAGUUGUAUUACUUAUUGCUGUAACUGCUGUUGUAGCAUUAAUGGGGUGUUUUAGGAAGAACUGGACAAAAUUUAUUUCAGAAAUAUGUUUCCACUUUUUUUUUUUUUUUUUUUUUACAGUUUAACAGUACUUUUUUAACUGCCAAGAGUCCUUUUAAUUUUGGGUUUGCUAACAUUGUCUAGUAAUAAUAUUGUCUGUCACCACUUAGUUUGAUCUGAACUAUGCAAAUUCAUAACUAGUCUGUAAAAAAAUAUUUUGUACUGGGAUAACAGCCUCAAUAAAAUAAAAAAGAUUUUUUUUUCAUGUGCCCGAUCUUACAGUAGUUGAUUGCUCAAAUACAUUAUACAACACUUGUAAUAAUGCUAUUUUAUGUUAACGUGAACUAUCAAAAAACAUCGGACUUGUGAUUUUUAGACAGUACUUUGAAGUCACUUGAGGCAUUAAGUGUCUAAAACUUGGCAAGUCAGUCCCAAAUCCAGAGUGGGAAGAGAAAACCCAGUGGGCCAAACAAUGAGCAGACCAUGCUCCGACAAGCUUCAUUAACUAACACUGAGACCAAAACACCUCUACGAUCUUUAGAAUGCAUCUAAAUGAGGGAUCAAUAUGUUUAGUCUCCACCGCUUAGAGGUGGAGAGAGAGGGCUGACUUUUCAUUCACUUUAAACUGUUUUUAUUGUUGGGUUCUUGUCCCGAAGCUUGAACACUAAUCAAGACUUAUGUUGUGCACAAUCGUUAUGAAAACCCAGGAGCUUGCUGCAGUGUUGGAGCUUUAAAAUGGGGGAAAGUAUUUGCUUUUUACUUGUGCUGACUAGUUUGGCUCGUUUAGCUUAAGGGUUGUGAGAUAAUGUCCGUGACUGAUUUGUGUUGGGGAUCAAUGUUUAUGUUGAGCCAGAACAAAGGAUUUGUUUCUAUUUGACAAAUGCAUUCUAAUUUAGACAAAACAUCUCCAUUUCCCCCAAUUUUUAUAGAUAAUUUUAACCUGUGUUGUUUUAUUCUGGAGAUAACAGUUUUGCUGUGGAACAUUGUUUUAUUAUUGAGAGCUUUUUAGAGCAUACUUUCUUAUAUUGUGCCUGCAUUAUCUAAAUAAAAUAUUUUAAAACCUA